GUCGUGGUAUGUGCAGUGUUUGCGGAGGAGCAGCAGUGUCCUAGAGGAACUUACCUUGUGUUCGGAGAGUGCCAUCUCUGUCCCAAGGGCAGCUAUCAGCCCGGAAAUGGUGGACGGUCUCACUGUAUCAGAUGUCCAAGGGGUACCUAUGCAUCAGUGAGAGGGUCUUUUGAAUGUACCCCCUGUCCGGAUAACCACUUCACUUAUUUUGACAGUUCUGAGAGUCCUGAUGCAUGUGUCGGACCUAUGCUGGUGGUAACAAUUGACGGAGAAGAAACUGAAAACACUGCUGAUGUUGACUUGAAGGAACUGAAAGAGACGGCCACUUUGGAGCUAACACCAGAAAUCUCCCUACCCGCCCCCCUCACCCCCUCGGACAUAUCCAGUGCAAGCCCGGUCAUAACCAACGAUUUCUGCUACACUGGUACCGGACACGACUAUAAGGGUAGAGCCAACAUGUCGGAAUAUUUAGUAGAGUGUCUGAACUGGGACGAUGUGACCAGCAUGCCUGACUACAACCCGGGACACAACUUUUGUAGAAAAUUCGGGAGUCACAGUAAACGUCCCUACUGCUUCAUUUCAGGAGAUAUGGAACCAAGACUGGUCCCCUGUACUGUCCCCAAGUGUAUUUGGGACGAGGAGUGUUCGGGUACUCCAAGUGGAGAAGAGUAUCUGGGUCCUGUGGACACUACUGACUCACUGUACAAGUGUCAGAACUGGAGCAAGGACUACCCACACCCUCAUGGUUAUAAUGACGUAGGCGACCACAACAAAUGCAGGAAUCCAGGAGGGUCGGAAGAAAAGCCGUGGUGCUACACAGAGGCUCUUACAUUCCCCGUGUGGGACUACUGUUCCAUCAGGGACUGUGUUGCUGGUAACUUCAAAAGAUACAACUUUUCAAGAGACCACUAAAAAGUUGAUUUGGAUCAAGUCUUGACGACAAUUCUUUUUAGAAAUGAAAACAUUUUAUUACUUUAAUUACCAUCGAUUUGAAUUUUUGUCUUCAAUUAA